AUGACAGAGGAGUGCUCAACCAGGGAACAGAGGGAUCAACACAAGUUUCUAUUCCGAAGUAGCUGCGAGAGGCCCAGUGACGACGAUUCCGACACGAACAGAACAUCAGUGGCGUCAGUUCAACAGGGGGAAGAAGUGUUAUAUGAGAUCGACCCGCGAGCGUUGAAAAAGCUACCAGAGCGUCUUCAGAACAAUUAUCGUCAGCUAUUUCAGGAGGGAGUCGAGAGGCUGACUCUGAAGAACCCGAACUUCAAAUACCGCCCAUACGACUAUAUGGACCAUUGGCCGCAGGGAACUUUUGAGCCAGAGGAAGAGGAGCAACCAAGAAAUAUAAAAAGACAAUAUCCGAGGAAGCAUAACUUAUUGCAGGAAUUGGGGAUUAUACAUGUUCCGCAGUCGCAGUUCACCGACCAGAGGGGUCAAUUACGCGUCAUGACUCCGGAUCGAUCGCCUUUCGAGGACUCAUCUCGACGAGACCCAGAAGAAUACAAAGAAAGUGCUGAACAUAGCGGAAAAAGGAAAUUCAAAGGAAAAAGGAAAUUCAAAAUAGCCCAUCCGAAGCAACAAAAUGAUAGAUAA